CCAGUUUCAGGUGAUAUCUUGAACUAACAAGGACCUUCGAGCAGACCUGUAGGAGCACCUGCAAAAGACAUGUCACAAAACGGUAAAACUAACAAAAAGCAGACGAUGGUGGUCAUGUCCACAGUGGAGGGAUGGCUCUCUCUGAAGGAUUUGCAAGAAAUCUCAGGGGACAAACAUCUCAAGAUAACCUUUAGAUCUCUGGAAUCACAUCAAAUCUGUGACAUGACAGUGGGUGAUCGCUUGGUCAGUUUGCAUUACGCAGAUUUAAAGCAGGACAUGACAGAGGAGGGCAUCAGCCAGGCGAUGGAUGGCUGCUUUAGGUCUUGCAGAGAUGGAAUUCGUGCAUUUCUGCUGCUGAUCCAAGGUGGACAUUACACAAAGAGGGAGAGACGAAUGGUAGAGGUACUGCAGGCUCACUUUGGAGUCGAGGCUUUAAAGUACCUGGUACUUAUCUCUUUAGAAGAUGGGAAGGUUGCUGACACAAUGGACGACGCCCUCCUGGAGUUGAUAAAAAUGUGCGAUGGAAGAUACUGCCGAAUCACAUCAUCUGAGGCAAGACAGGAGCUGCGCACUCUACUGGAGAUGGUGGACUCGAUGCUGGCUGAGAACAGUGCAAUGGGCUACACAGAAAGCAUGCUGACUGAAGCUAAGAAAAUGAGCACUGAAGACUCGGCCAUGAAGAUGCUGAAACAGAAGGUGCAAGAGGUCGAGGAGAAGGAGCAGGCCUUCAAGCAGCUGGUGCAACAACAGGAGGAGAGAAGAGCCAGAGAGAUGGAGGAGCUGAAGGCCAAACAUGCUGAGGAAAGAAAGAAGGAGGCGGCUGAGAAAAAGCAUUACGAGUCAAAGAGAGAGAGCCUUGAGGAGGCCGUGAUAAGCCACAGAGCCAUGCUGCAGCUCCAGAUGAACACAACAGAUGAUAAUGACAAUACGAAGAAGACGUCAGUGAUCCUGCUUGGUCUCUCUGGCAGCGGGAAGUCUUCUGCUCUAAAUCUAAUUCUAGAGAGAGCAGGUAAUCAAUACUCAGUUAGUGAGUCCAGUCAUGACCCCCCUCAGCCCACCUUGUAUUGUCAGAGAAAGGAAGUGUUUGCAGGAGGGAAGCGAAUCGUCCUGGUGGACACCCCUGAGUUGUGGGACGAGGACGGUGUUGAAAACCUGCAAGUGGUCAAAGACUGCUUGGCUUUGUCCUUACCUGGACCCCACGCCUUCCUGCUGGUCCUUCAGGUGGGCCGCUUCACCCAGGGCGAGUGUGAGAUGCUUUGGCACCUGCAGAAGAUCUUUGGAAAAGAUUUUGCAGAGCACGCCAUCAUCCUCCUUGUUCAAUGCGAAUGCAACCAGCACAAACCUCAGAAGAUCGAUGACUAUGUUGCCGGGGCCCACGCAACCCUGCAGGAUCUGAUCAGGAAGUGUGGGAGCCGUUACUAUGAGCUGAAUGUUACAAAGUACCAGAAUGCUUUGAGCUAUCCUCAGGUGAAAGACCUGCUCUCAGGUGUCAACAAGCUGGUAGCUUCACAUGGAGGACGCUCGUACUCAGUGAGGAGAUUUUCUGUGCAGGAGCUGCAGGAGAGGAAGAAAGUGAUAGGGGAGAAAAAGGAGGGGGCUUUGGAGGUGAACUACUUAUUAAGAGAUGCUUGAUUUCCAUACUCACAGGCAGAAGGGGGGAACACAACAAAUACAACACCCAAACGAUGUGAUUAAAUGCAAUACAACAUGCAUACAUUUAAUAUUAUUUACUUAUAUUUGUUAAGUUUAUUCAACCAUCAGGAAUCAGUCAAUGUACUGAAUUACAUUGCAAACUUUAUCAAUGCUAUAAUCACAUUUUCUUGCAGAAAAUUGCCACUUGUGGCACUGUGUGAGUGGAUUUUAUAAAAUGUUAAAUCAUUGCAAUUUAAGAGAAUUAUCUUUUUAUAUAUUUCUAAUUAUGUAUUUCAUACUUGCACACACUAAUUAAAAGCAAAUGACAUAUUCAUUUAUACAUUUAGCAAAUUAGCAAAUUUGCACAUCCCAGAAUAAUUAAAGAAUGACCUGCCUUAGGACCCAAUCACAUCAAGAUGUGCUACUAGAAAAGUGUUGGCAGCAAAACCAUUGUUUCCCUACGGUACCCUGUGCCUGUCCGGCACUUUUGUCUUAAUGCUGCUCGACAGUAUUUCCUUGUAGUUUUUGGGCAUGCAUGAAAGUUAAAAUAUUUUCAACUUUACUGUUCAGGGCACUGCUUGUAAAUAUUACUUUUUGACCAUGCACACACAAUAUGUGCAUGCAGUCCCGCUCCACAGGUGCUCCCAGCUGUUUUUCCAGAUGUGCUUCCAAGGUGUUUUUUGAGAAGUCACCCCUGGUGCGAUGCAUCUAGGUGUGAUCGGCCCCUUACUCUUCCUUACCCUAACCCUAACCAAUCCAUUUAGUUCUUAUACCAAAGUACUAAAUACUGCUGUUUUGACAGUGCUUCUGGCAUUAAAACCACCUUUUGCAUUACAUGAUAUGCUGCUAGACGUUGUCAGCUGAGCAUGUGGCCAGAAAGGACCGUUCGUGCUGCUGGACGGCAUUAUGAUACACAGAUGGUCGGCCUUAUUUCAUAAUGCAGCCGGGCAGAACCUUUCACGUCCACAUGGCGUGCUUUUGGAUGGUGUCAGGUUGAAACAUCACCAGUAACAACAUAAUAUAAGGAGCACAAAGGUCCCUAUAGGGCUGAUGGAGGGGGCAGUGAGUAGAUCAAACAAACCCCGGACUUUCAUUCAGGACUGUGAUAUUUUCUGCCUCUUCUGCCUAAGCCUAACCAUCUGUGCCAACUUGUGCAUUUGUUGAUGUUUCAGUGUUGGUUGCCAUGUGCUUUUGUUGUCUAAACAUAACCACAUACAGCAUAAUCUCACCAACUGCUCGUGCUGACAUCAUGGUAGCGACAUCCCGCAAUGUAAAUAGCAGCUGCAGAAGUAUACCUAGAGCACAAUAUGUAGACAUGAAUGUCCACUGCAAAGUGGCAACAUAUAACAAGUCGGGAUGAGAAAGUGAGAGUAGGGUGGGCCAUUCCUUCACUAUCCUAUAAUUCAUGAAUUUGCUCCUUUGAGUGGCUACUACUUUUUGCCUUCAUUUGUUGGUUAGGGUUAAAGUAAGCAUGUCAGGAUAAGCAGGGGCAGGGUAAGGUGGGCCAUUCCUUCACCAUCCUAGGAUUUGCAAAUUCACAACUGGUAUAUCCACUCAAAGUUAUUUAUCGAAUUAGAAAUGCUUGUUACAUUUUUUUGUGCAAAAAAAAAUCGUGAUUGUGUGGGGAUUUUCCAAACUUAACAGAAGGGAGGAACACAUUAGAAAUGAUUCACGUCAAUGUUUAUCGACAUAGAGAAAUGAGGGGAGGAAAAGAAGACGCACAGCUGCAGAUUUAAUUUAUUUUUGGACUUCCUCAUUGCCACGAAGACUUAUCUGACAAGUUUAUAAAAUGUGCUUGUUGUUAUUUUGAUUGCCUAACAGUCACAUUCUUUAGCACCAUCUUUCAGAUGGAUCCUGAUCCAACAAACUGAUUCAACUGCAAAAAAAAUCAACGAAACUGAUGCCGAUUUCAUUACAGCAGUCAUUGUGCAACUCUUAUGUUUUGAAUCUAUGAUUUAGUAUGCCAUAAUGGCUGUUUACCCCUGCACAUCUCUCUUUGUUAUUGUGUCGCACUGUAUCUGAUGCUUUUUGUGCUAGAUAUUAACAAAAGACAGAAAUCUUAAUGUGAAUCAACUGUAUUUUAUUGAUUUCUUUAAAACGUGAUGGCUAUUUUGUACAGGUUCUUAUUGCAUGUGUGCUAUACCGUAGAUCUAUGUCUAAAGCCAUGCGCUGGUUAUAAUUAAGAACACU